UUAAAUAAAACUUGAUUUAAAUUACAAAGUUGAAUUUAUCAAUGAAAAUGUAGAAUAAAUUUAUGAUUUCAGACAAACCAACAAGCAAUGAUGGCCGCUACCACCAUCUUCACCCGCGUCCGCCUCGCCACCGCCGCCGACAUCCCCCACAUACACAGCCUCAUCCACCAGCUGGCUGUCUACGAGAACCUCACCCACGAGCUCCAGGCCACCCCUGCUGCCCUCUCCUCCACGCUCUUCCCUGCCGCCGCGCCGCCGCCCUUCACAACGCUCCUCCUCGAGAUCUCCACGUCUCCGUUCACGCCGCCGUCCCAUGACCCGCACUUCACGCCCCUCCUCAAGUCCUUCCACCUCCAGCUCCCCGUCGACGACGGAGAGGAGGAGAUGUUCCGGUGCGGCGGCGGGGCCACCGUGGCCGGAUUCGUGCUGUUUUUCCCAAAGUACUCGACGAUUUUGGCGAAGCCAGGAUUUUAUAUUCAGAAUAUAUUUGUGCGGGAGUGUUAUAGGAGGAUGGGGAUGGGGACUCUGCUUCUUUCGGCUGUGGCGGCGCGGGCGGCGGAGAUGGGCGGAGGGAGGGUGGAGUGGGUGGUGGCGGACUGGAAUGUGGACGCGAUCGCAUUUUAUGAGCGGCUGGGGGCGGAGAUACUGACGGGGAGGAGCCUAUGUAGGCUCACCGGCGAAGCUCUUCAUGCUUAUGCUUAUUUUAAAUUUUGAUCAUCGACUCUUAGUCGUAACUACUAGUGUUGUAUGUUUCUUUUUUAAUGUCGUUUUGUAAUUUUGUAGUAAUUCACUCUACAGCUUUAUUGUUGGAAUUUGAUGUUCUGAAAUCAAGAUA